CAUCUUCAUACCAAACAGCUGAUUUUUAGUUGCAAGAGAAAUUGGGUAAACAGGUAAACAGAACAUAUACGGCACAGAAGCGCAGAUAUUUUGAAUACAAGUUUGUAAGAGCCAUGCCCAUUUCCGAAGUCUACAAGAAAGGUCUCAGAGACUUCUUGCUGAAUGAGAAAAACACGAUUGUAUUGAUGCAGUUGGCCAAGAGUACGACAAAAAAUGUGUGUAAAAUCAAAGAUCCUGAGGAAGCCUUGGACUACCUAAUAGCACAUGUGGAGGACAUACACAUUUUAUUGUCCAAACGUCUCAUCACGCGCGAACUUCUGUUUAUGUAUGUGCACAGACGCUUACCGGGAAUAGCCACAAACUUCACCAAGGCGGAUUUGGUAUCGAAAGUGAUCAAAUAUUGGGAGCAGCAGCAAACCGUAGAACCCAUUAAUACGCCCAAAAACGAAGAGGAGUAUCCCAUUCACACAAUGGCUCGGAAAUUCGGCGAAUGGUUUUUUGAACGCUUUAAUUCUGACUGUCUCAGCCUUGUAGAUUUGUGGGACGAUGCGGCCUUGCACUUAACAAUUUUGGCCAGCGAUGGGGUUAGUGUGCACGAGUGUGAGACGGCUCCAGAGGUACUUUCAGUACUUAUAAGCACAAGAAACCAAUUUGGCUUCGUCUUUAAUCCAAACCUAACCCACUGUGGAAUACAAGGGCGCAUGGAUUCCUAUGGUCAGGUCUUGGUACUCUCCUGUGGCACUCUUCACACAACCGAGUCCUGUGUUGGGGUUUUUGAAUGCGUCUUUGCACUGUUACGUGACCCCUAUUCGGAAAACAAUUGGAAGCCCAAGAGAUUGAAAUGUUUGCUAAAGAGUGAGGUUGAGCCCCGCAUCCUCCAUAGCCUGAGAGAGUGCGAAACUCUGCAGACAGCUCUGGCACUGCCAGUGCAUAACGAAGAGCUGGACUAGCGGUGGACUAUUAUUGAGCGGUUAAAUGCGA